UAAGAAAUGAAGUUUGGGCAGACAGACAGACUCCUGGGGUCGGCUGACAGUCACAAUGUCCAGAGGGCCUGUCGUCCUCUGGCUGCUGAGGGAGCUGUGGUGGCUUUAUUUGACACCAGCUGCAGCACAGACUGUGGUGACAGGAUACGUGGGCCAGAUGGUGACUUUGCCCUGUCUGUACUCAUCAUGGUCUCCCAGCAACAGCAUGUGCUGGGGCAAAGGCUCGUGUCCCAACUCCAAGUGCAACGAGGAGCUUCUCCACACUGAUGGGACCAGCGUGCUCUCCCAGAAGUCGAAUAGAUACCAGCUUUGGGGGAAUAUGAGGAGAGGCGACGUCUCCUUGACCAUCCUCAACACCAACCAAGGUGACAGCGCUACGUACUGCUGCCGCAUAGAGGUGCCUGGCUGGUUCAAUGAUGUCAAGAAGAACAUUGUCCUGAGGAUAACAAGAGCCCCAACAACCACCCGACGCCCAACAACCACCACCACCACCACCACCACCACCACCCCCACCACUACCACUACCACCACCACCACUGCUAUGCCAACAACCACAGCUGUGCUUCCAACGACAGUCAUGACUACACCUGACCUUACAACCGGAACACCACUUCAGACAAGAACCACCACUGCCCUCACAACAAUGACAACCACGUGCCCAUGGACAACACCAACCUCCCUUCCUGCGGCAACCACAGUUCUCCUGACCACUGAGCCUUCCACCGAAGGAUCCACCCUCACUACAGCCACUGAGACGACAAUUCUUAUGGAAAAUGAAGUUGAAAGAGAAAAGUUGAGUGGGGUGGACGGCUCCUUCCUUGCGAAGAUCAUUGCUCCCUCCCUUGGAUUUGUGCUGUGUGCAUUGAUUGUAGCGCUUCUACUUCGAGGAAAAGUCAUGAAAAUCAAUUGCUUCCAGAAACACAUAAGGCUACACAAUGUUGGAGAAAGUAAAAACGGCCUCGAUGACCUACAGCAUGGGAGAGAAGAUGAAGAUGGUCUUUUCACACUAUAACGUGCCAUUUUUUUUUAGAAUGGAGGACAGGGAUAGGAUGUGUGAAUUGUCAAAUCAGUCUUAGAAUGUCUAUUUGUUUGCUUUUAAAACCCCAUCUAUUCCUUUGGUGUCAUUGAGCCAGUCUUGGUUUAGUUUCACAAGUGGAAGGCACCUGAGAUGCUUCAUCUCCUUCCCAGCAUCACUGCUAAGUGAUCUUGCUCACUAUGCUUGAAUACAUUCAGUGAUGAUGAGCUCACUGCCACACUCAGGGAGCCCAUGCAAUCUCAGAACAGUUCUGCCUCCAGAUAACAUCUGCCUGUCAGUCCUCAUUGAACUCAUGGUGCUCACACAGACCACGUCUAAUAUCUCCUUUAUGUGGUAGUGCUCCAGGUACACCAAACCUAUGUCUCUGGAAAUUACCUUGUUUCUGGAAUGUGAUUUCUGAAUCCUCCCCUCCUGUAGUUGACUUCACUGUGGAUGCAUUUGCAUAUCAGCUUCCAGUGCCCCACUCCAGGAAUAGUGUGAGCAGCCCUGGGGUCUCUGCUUCAUCAAUAAUGCAGGAACUGAUGUCAUCUCCAAAACUCCUUGGUUUUCUAUUAUUUUCUGUUCACAUUUGAGUGUCUUUAGGGAUGCCCAUGGUGUCACAUCUUAAUUCUUGCUUGGGGAAUUCAAUUUUGGGAACAAUCAAGAGUCCACCAGAGCAAAAUGCAGUAAGUGACGAGGACAUUCAACCAGGGCCAACGCAUGAUCUGACUGUAAGGCAACCCAGAUUAAACACAGUUCGUGGAAA